AUGUCUACACAACAAAUAGUAAUAGUUGGAGCAGGAAUAUUAGGUUUAACAACAGCACAAACAAUAAGUGAAAAAUUAAAUGAACUAGGUUUCAAACAUGAAAUAACAAUAAUAGCACAAUAUGGACCACAUAAUUUAGAAAUGAAUGAUUCAUUAACAACAUAUAAUGAAUAUGUAUCACCAUGGGCAGGAGCUCAUUUUAGACCAUUUCCAAUAACAACCAAAGAACAAAAAGAAGAAAUGAAAAUGACUAGACAGACAUUAAAAUAUUUUAAAUAUCUUUCUGAAAAUUACAAGGAAUGUUCUAUAAAAUUUAUAAAAGGUGUUGAAUUUAUUGAAAAUCCAAAUGAAUAUUAUCAAGACUAUGCUAAAUAUGGAUAUAGCGAAGGUUUGGAAAAUUUUGAAAAGCUUGAAACUAAACCUGGUAUAUUGGGGUUUCAAUAUGAUACAUGGGUUUUAAAUCCAACUUUAUAUUUACAAUAUAUUUAUUUUAAAUUAUUAUUAGAAUUUAAAAUUAAAUUUAUAUCAAAAAAAUUAAAUAGUUUAAGUGAAAUAAAUUCGAUAAUUCAGGGAAAUCCAAUAAUUAUAAAUUGUUCAGGGAAUGGAUUAAAAUAUAAUGGAGGUGUUGAUCCUGAUUCAUUUCCCAUACGUGGUCAAACUUUACUUUUAAAUCCUGGACCAAAUUAUAAAUCUGAUAAAACUGUAACAAUACAAUUAAAAGAUGGAUCUUGGGUUUUCACAAUACCAAGACCUUAUAAUGGAGGUGUAAUAUUAGGAGGAACAAAACAAAUAAAUGAUACAAGUUUGGAAGUCAGAGAUGAAGAUACAAAAUAUUUGGAGAAGCUAGGUUCAAUAUAUUUUCCAGAAUUACAAAAAAUUAAUGCAGAAACUAAUAAACCAUAUUUUGAUAUUAUAAGAAUUAAUGUUGCUUUAAGACCUGGUAGAAAAGGAGGUUUAAAUAAUUCUAUUGAAAAAUUUAAUGAUAAUAAACAAUUUGUUAUUAAUAAUUAUGGAGCUGGUGGAAUGGGUUAUGAAUUAAGUUAUGGAUCAAGUUUAAAAACUUUUGAAAAUUUAUUAUCUAUAUUGAAGAUAGAUAAUAAAUCUAAAUUGUGA